AUGGUCUGUCACUCCUUCAAGUUGUUUGUUGUCCUCAUUACAGCCUUAUUUUCUCUGCCUGUUCAGUCUUCCCCGGUGAUAUUCCAGAAACGUGGUGUAUGUGCCACUGAGGAGCCUAAUCCGUCUCUUCUGCGAGCUCUUCAGCAGGUUAUAAUUGAUGAGACAAACCCCGACCCUAAUGUACCCGAGGCUCGCGAGGGUCCCAUCGAGAUAGAUACAUGGUUCCAUAUCAUUAGUAGCCGGUCUGAGGCGAACCAGGUUACAGAUGCGAUGAUCAAUGCACAGUUUUCGAUCUUGCAAGAUGCAUAUAGGGAUGCGUCCAUUCAGUACCGACUCCAUGGUGUCACUCGGCAUGUGAAUGACCACUGGGCACAGAAUGGGGAUGACCUGGCGAUGAAGCAGGCACUGCGGAAAGGAAGCUAUCGAACGUUGAAUGUUUUCUUCCAGACCGAUCUCCAGGCGACAGCUGGACAGGCUGGUCGUUCUCAGCACCGUGCAAAUACCAUCAGUGAUGAUAUGUCUUCAAGCAUCCUGGGUUUCUGUACAUUGCCGGACCCGAGUAUCAAUGCGACAAGCCCCCGGGAGGACUAUAUUGGACACUGGAACGGUCUUCUACACACCUUCCAAGGAGAGUCCUGUUCUGCCGACAAUCCUGGAGAUUAUAUCGCGGAUACACCGCAGCAAUCUACUCCCACUGAUGGCUGCCCCUCCCGUAAGGACUCAUGCCCAGAUUCUCCUGGACUUGAUGCGGUCCAUGAUUUCAUGGAUUAUUCUUCGGACGUCUGCUAUGAAAUGUUCACGAACGGCCAGAUGCAACGGAUGCGGAAUAUGUGGUCCACAAUGCGUGUCGGAAAAUAA